AUGGCCCUGCUCUUCGCUGAGAUUGGAGUCCAUGUCUCCCUCUCGGAUCCUUCGGAAGAGGCCAUGGACGCUGUCAUGCAAAAGGCAGAAAAGCAAGGCUAUCACGGAAAAGUAGACAAGUAUACAGAUUACGAUUCACUCUGCAAGUCACUGUCAUCACCGCGCCUGCUCGUCUUCUCUCUUCCACAUGGCGGUGUUGGUGACAAGGUCCUCGAAGGCCUGGAGCCCCACCUCUCUAAAGGUGACAUCACACUGGACUGCGGCAACGAACACUUUGAAAACACAGAGCGCCGACAGGACAAAUGCAAGGGCACUGGCAUCCGCUACAUUGGUUGUGGCGUCAGUGGUGGAUACCAAGCGGCCAGGGCCGGGCCCUCCAUGUGUCCCGGUGGUGACAUUUCCGCACUCAAAGAAGUACUCCCCCUUCUGCAAAAGGUUGCAGCCAAAGACAAGAACGGGCAACCAUGUGUUGGUGUCAUUGGCAAGGGCGGUGCCGGACACUAUGUCAAGAUGAUGCACAACGGCAUUGAACAUGGCAUGAUGAGUGCUAUCUCUGAGGCGUGGGGUAUCAUGCGAAGAAUGGGUAUGGACUAUGAGGAGAUCGGCGAUGUGCUUGCACAAUGGAAUUCGGAAGGCGAGCUGAGAGGCACCUUCCUCGUUUCUAUUGGCGCAGACUUAUCGCACAAACGAGAUGGAGGACGUCUCGUCAUCGCUGAAGUGCUUGAUAAGGUUGUCCAAGAUGUGACUGGCGAGGAAGGCACUGGUGUAUGGAGCAAUACCGAGGCCAUCGACCUGCACGUCUCGGCCCCUACCCUCAAUGUCUCCCACGCAUUCCGCCUAGCAUCUGCAUUCCGUGGCGACCGCGAAAAAGCGAACCAAACUCUUGAUGGUGGGUUCCCGCCCAAUGAACUUACCGUCUCCGACAAGAAAGCAUUUAUCGAGGACUUGCGGCAAGCGACCUAUGCAGCCUGCCUCGCCAGCUAUAUUCAAGGAAUCAACGUCAUUGCCACUGCGGACCGGACACACGAGUGGGAGAUUGACUACUCGCAAGUAUGGCAGAUUUGGCGUGCUGGUUGCAUCAUUCAAGCUGAUUACAUCUCCGAUGAGAUUCUCGCCCCUGUGUUAAAGUCGAAGCCAUCGUCUGAAGGCCUGAAUCUCAACUUCUCUUCUCGCGUUGCCAAGGAUGUCAUGAAGUGUUUCCCAGCACUUCGACGGGUCGUUGCCAAGUCGAUCGAGACAGAUCAGGUGGUCCCUGCUAUCAGCGCAACAUUAGAGUACUUCAAGGUCGUCAGCGGAACUGAUCUGCCCACUUCGUUCUAUGAGGCCGAGCUUGACUACUUUGGUAGCCACAUGUUCGACAAGAAGGAUGAUACGGAUCCAAAUGUGAAGAAGCCCGUGGAAGGCAAGCACCACUUUGAGUGGAAGCCGGCAACAAGCCAGAAGGAGCAGUAUGGGAAGAACUAUUCGCUGUGA